AUGGCGCCACAGCUCAUAUUCGGUACUGUCACCUUCGGGAUGGAGAUGACGGAUUUUCAAGCUCCCGACUCCGUCAAGCCACUCCUCCAAGCCCUCACCAAGCUUGGCAUCGAUCGCCUCGAUACAGCAGCCCGGUAUCCGCCGCUAAACCCAGGCCGCUCGGAGCAGCUAAUCGGGGAGAGCGAGCUGCCAGCCGGAUUCAUCGUUGACACCAAGGUCUAUACUGACACGCGCGGCGAUGGAAGCGGAGACCUGACCCCUGAGGCUAUCGACAAGUCUGUAAAUGCCAGCCUGGAGAGACUAGGCAAUGCCACACAUUGGGGUGUUUCCAAUUUCUCCCCCGAGCUCUUGGAGAAGGUCUUAGGCGUCUGUGAGCAGAACGGCUGGCAGAAGCCGACAACCUACCAGGGAACUUACAACAUGGCUACCAGAGGGAUGGAAACUAAAUUGUUGCCCAUACUUCGCACUCAUGGGAUGCAGUUCGUCGGAUAUCAAUCCCUCGCAGCUGGUUUCCUGACCGGCAAGCUCGUGAAGAACGAGCACGAGGGAACGCGGGCAGAUGACAAACACCCCCUAGGAAAGGCUAUUCAGCGUAUCUUUGGAGACCAAAACCUGCAGGCUUCUAUGCAGCGGUUCAUGGACGCGGCGGAAGCAGAAAGCCUGACGCCAAACGACGUCGCUGUUCGCUGGGUCGUGCAUCAUUCGGCGCUGGAUGACAAGGAUGCACUCAUCUUGGGGGCAAGUAAAAUAUCGCAAAUUCAGGAAAGCGUAGGGUCCAUUAGAAAAGGACCUCUUCCGGCGCACUUGGUAAAGGCAGCGGAUGAGAUGUGGGAGUCUGUGAAACAGGCCAGGGGCAACAUGCUGUAG